AUGGUGGGGCAAACUGUGGCGGACAACUGGCUUGUUACCAUAUGGAAAAGUUCGCGUAAGAGUAUUUCACGGGAGCCCGAGAAGGCUGUUCUUGGAAUUAUGGCGUUCGAAGUGUCGAAGCUGAUGUCAAAGGUGGUCAGCCUGUGGCAGUCUCUGACCGACAGGGAACUCGUUCGAUUGCGGGAAGAGAUUGCCAGCUCGGCCGGCAUCCGGAAGCUCGUCUCGGAUAGUGAGGACCAUCUCAUGGACCUUGUUUUUGCCGAGAUCAUCGAGAAUCUGAAAAGUGUGUGCAGGUCAGUAAUUUUGCUCGGGAAGAGGUGCACAGACCCGAGGUACCAUGAUCUCGAUCGGGUUCUCGACGAGAGGGGUGAGCUCGAUCCCGACUGGUUUGGCUCUCGGUUCAGACUGAAGAAAAUGGAGAAGAAUGUGAAGAAGAUGGAGAAAUUCGCAGCAGCCACAGAACAGCUGUAUCAAGAGCUCGAGGUUCUUGCCGAGCUGGAACAGAGCCUGAGGAGGAUGCGGGCCGGGCCGGAUAUUCGGGUGCUCGAGUUCCAGAAGAAGGUGAUGUGGCAGCGCCAGGAGGUGAAGAAUCUCAAGGAAAUGUCUCCCUGGAUCAAGACGUACGAUUAUACCGUCCAGCUCCUCUUGAGGUCGAUUUUCACGAUUGUCGAGAGGCUCACAUGUGUUUACAGCGGCACUAAACAGAAUGGUGGCCAUCUGAGUCGUAGCAACUCUCUCAGGCAGACAUCGGUUUAUCCCUCGGAAACAAAUAUUUUCAGCUACUCCUUUCCUCUGGGGAGGUCCUUUUCGAGCCUGGGCCUCGGAGGUCAAAAGACUCAGUCAAAGAACGUGAAAUUGAAAUCGAAAUCUCAUUCUCGUUCUCGAUCGUCAGUUUUCAUCAGCGGAAAACAACAACCCUCGAUGAGAGGUAGGAUAUCGUUUGCUCCUGCCGGCUUCACGGGCUGCAUGGAAAAGAAAAUGUGCGAGUCCCCUGUUGUUGUUGAGAGCUCGUUCGGGUCGGCAAAUGAUGCCUCCUCCCGGAAAGAUCCGAUCAAACUGAAAGAUAUUUUGUACGGCGGUGGCAAAAGUGUUAAGAAAGCAUCUCUGGCCACCAACACUAAAUCCCGACCAUUGAAUUUCCCACCAUCCACGCUCGGCCAUGCGGCGCUGGCCGUACGCUAUGCGAAUAUCAUAAUUUUGAUCGAGAAGUUGGCUUCAUCGCCAGAGUUGGUUAGUCUCGAUGCAAGGGAUGAUCUCUACAGUAUGCUGCCCACGGCCGUCAAGAGUUGUUUAAGGGCAAAGCUCCGGGCUUUUUCGAGAGGUUCAGGUUGUGAUGCUGCUUUUGCAGCCGAGUGGGGCCAGGCUGUUGGGAGGAUACUGGAGUGGCUGUCCCCGCUGGCCCACGGGACGGUGAGGUGGCAGUCCGAGAGGAAUUUUGAGCGGCAGAGGUUUAGUUUGGGCCCGAACGUGCGUCUGGUGCAGACCCUCUACUUUGCAGACCGGGCCGAGACUGAGGCUGUUAUUGUGGAGCUUUUGGUGGGUCUGAAUUAUCUAUGUAGGUUUGGCAGGGAAAUGAAUAGGAAAACUUGA